AUGCCGGGGGGUGGAGGGCCAGGAGGUGCUGGAGGAGUCGAUAUGGGUGGCGGCCCUGGGGGAGGCAACAGACGGAGGAUGCAGCAACAACCGACGUACGCGCAAUACCAGCAACAGCAGUACCAACAGCACAUGCCCAUGUAUCCGAACUACAUGAACCCCUACGCCGCGGCGCCGUACUACCACCAGCUGCCACAUCAGUAUCAGAACGGUGGCAUGCCCUCUGGCUACAUGCACUACCAGCAGCAGCAGCCCUACGUUCGAUCACCUCAGGCGAUGCCUCAGUAUGUUCCCAUGGCUGGCGUCAGCGUUCCCCAGCCAUACACCCAGCCGCCUCAGCCGUCUCCUGCUCUGUCAACGCCCUACCAACCGCCUCCCGUUCCUACUGCCAUGCCUGUCCAGUCGCCGCCGCCUCCCCCUCCGCCUCAGCCUAUUGAGCCGACCCCAGAGCCUUCAGUCGUCACGCCUUCAGUGGUAGCCUCCUCAGUCGUUUCGUCUUCAGUUGUCACGCCUUUUGCCGAGCCGUUCCAUCCGUCAGUGCCUGCUGCCCCUGCUCCUGUCUCUGCUCCGAAGAGUCCGGAGCUUCCCAAGCAGAACAAGGACUUCCGCGCACCACUCAAGCUCCCGUGGACGCCACCCGGCCAGGCGCCAUUCCCGAGGAGAGCUCCCAAGUCAAGACGGCGGAGAAGAUUGAUGAGCGCAAAUGCGCAAGACCUGACACUGCCCGUGGAACAGCAUGAGGGCGCUUUGGAGUCCAACGCUUCAGCCACUCAACUGUCCGACAAGGCAGGCGCGGCGGAGGCGGAUUCCAAGAAAACGGGAUUCUGGAACCCCAAGGACACCGACUCUGAGAGCGCCACUCUCAGAGCGGAAUCCUUGGCGUCUGAAACUCUUAAGGAGAGUGACAGGUCGGCGACCAGCGUGUCAAACAUGGGUAGCCCCAAAGCGAACGCUCCUGUGACCCCCAAAGAGAGCACGAGACCUACGACGAGCUCUUCCAACGUUUCUGCCUCUCGCCCUGCUGUCCCCGUCAUUCCUGUCGUCCCCGCUCUCCCCAAGAGCAGUCCCAAGGAGGCCAAGCCCGCCAGCAUCAGCAAGUCCGCUGAAGAACGGAAGCAGCCCCCGACCCAAGAGACGAAGUCUGCGGAAGCGACGGAGACAGCAGGUUCUCCUGGUGUAGAGCAGGACAAGGCCGAUGCUCAGCCGGCGGAUCCUGUUAAGACGGCCCCGAAGAUGUGGAGCGGUCUCUUCGCUGCUGGUACUGCUGCGGCUGCUGCCAAGGGCCAGCCUAAUGCCAAUGGCCCUGUUACGCCGGCGGCGACCAACGGUGCUACUACAAAUGGGGAUGGUGCGGUUAAUGGAGGUGCCUCGAGCUUUUCUGCGGGAAACACAAACUCACUGGCUGCUGCUAUUCAAGACUUCCGCGUCGGUAACCCUGCCAAGGUCCAGUUCAUCGAGCCGAGAGGCUUGAUCAACACCGGCAACAUGUGUUACAUGAAUUCAGUUUUGCAAGUUCUUCUCUUCUGUGCACCAUUCUACAACUUUUUGGACCAGGUCAGCAAGAGGGCUGUCCAUAAGUUCAAGAGCGACACGCCCGUCAUCGACGCCAUGAUCAUGUUCAUGAGAGAAUUCCGAGUCAUUGACGCAACCGACUCGGUCGAAAAGCUUCGCCGCAAGCUCAAGAGUGAGCAGCUGGAGCAGUACGGCGAGUCGUUCAUUCCGGAGUUUGUGUACAAGGCUAUUCAGCCUCUCCCAGCGUUUGCCAGCAUGAGACGUGGUCACCAGCAAGAUGCCCAGGAGUUCCUCGGACUGAUUCUGAAUGCCAUCGACGAAGAGUGUGCGCAAGCCAUGUCUGCGGGUGGCUUCACAAACGGCUCUGCCGAAGCGAGGCCGACAUCCUCUGCUGCUAGCGCCGUCGAGUCCAACGACGGCGCGGACGGAUGGUUCGAGGUUGGGUCUAGACAGCGAGCCGUCGAGACUCGCUCUUCUGGAGCCAGUUCGACGACGCCCAUCACCCGGCUGUUCAGUGGACAGUACCGGUCGGAGCUUCGUCGUCCUGGCGUCAAGGACUCGGUCACCACUGAGCCCUUCCAGUCGCUGCAACUUGACAUCGGCGCUCCUUACAUUCACAACGUUGUGGAUGCCAUCAAGGGUUUGACGGUGCCGGAGAGACUUCAAGGCGAUGCUACCCCUAUGACGAAACAGACGCUAAUUGAGACGCUGCCACCUAUUCUUAUCCUCCACCUCAAGCGCUUCAAGUUCGACACCGAGGGAACCACGAAGAUCGGAAAGAAGGUUGGUUACCCGCUCGACUUGCAGCUUCCUGCGGAAGUACUGUCAAAGCGAAGACGCAACGCGCUUGUUGCUGAGGGCGCGCCCAUGCCCAAAUACAGGCUGAUUGGUGUCGUGUACCACCAUGGCAAGCAAGCCAACGGUGGCCAUUACACGGUGGAUGUGCGACGGCAAGACGACAACGAGUGGAUCCGACUGGAUGAUACGGUCAUCCGCCGAGUCCGCAGUGAAGACGUGGCCGAGGCAGGCGCUGAGGAGGAUGUUAAGGAGGCUGGCCGAUCCGGCCCUGCCUCCCGUGACGCCUCUACCAACCGGUUCGGUGCGAUGGCCGACGAGGAUGAAGGUGACGGUUGGAAGGAGGUCACGACCUCCGCCAAGGGUGGGGACAAGAGUGGCGAGAAGAAAUGGAGCGCAGUCGCGAACGGCAACGGCUCUGCCCCCAAGGGCAAGCCUGCGAAGGACAACAUCAAGGACAACAAGGUUGCCUACUUGCUAUUCUACCAGCGAAUCUGA